AUGAGUGCGCAGACCCCGCUCAAUCCAAAGAAAAGGAAACCCUCCUCGCCUUACAUGGCUUCAAUAGCCCAUUCUUUACCUGAUGACUGUUCUACUCUACUCGCCGAACUUCAAGAUGUCCUUCAAGAGAAAGCGCCUGAAGCGCUUCCACUUCUCGAGAAAUUGCUUACUAUGCUUAUUCCCAAUCCUAAUGAGAUAGUACAGGCGGAGAGGGCAAGUUCUGUUGUGAUCGCUGGAGCUAGAGAAGUAGAUGACAAUGCCUCGCCCUCCUCCCGUCAAGCUGCUUCUGAGGAAAGCGGCAAAAAGGAAGCAGGUAAAUCACGUUUGAUCAAAUGCGUUUUUUCGUCUCGUAGGUUUUACUUCGAUACUCUUAAGAAUGCAAGAUUACUCAGGAGCAUCCCUGAGUUCAAGAAUGUAUUCAUCCGCAGAUCUAUGACCCCUUCCGAAAUCGAUAUGGACAAACAACUCCGCGCCAGAGCUAAGGAUCUCAAUCAAGGAAUGCCUAAUGGUGAAAAAGUUUACGUGGUUUUUAGACAACAGGUUGUCAAGAAGUCUGAUAUUCCUGGCAUCCUCAGCCAGAUCAAAAAACUGAAAAGAAAACAUGUCAAUCCACAAUUGCCUUAUCUUAUUGUCAGAAAAGACAGAAUAGGAAGGAGAGGGGGUGGAAUAUGUAUCCUACUUCAGAGUCAGGUUGAUUUCAAACCGGUACAAUUUGACGUUCCUAACCUUGCCGCAGACGUUCUCUGUAUGGACAUUCUGAAUAAUAGCCUCGACUAUACUCGUUUUGUGCUUGUAUAUCGACCUCCAAGUCAUACCCUGGCUGAGGAUGUUGAGCUCUGUGACCUUUUAUCUGAUCUGUGUUCUGUCACGAGGAAUGUUGUGCUCCUGGGGGACUUUAACCUAGAUAUCGAUUGGUCAAUCACUCAUGCCCCCUCGCCAAGACAAAGCAGAUUUCGCCGUUUUACCUCACUUUUCUCCCAUCUUGGUCUUGUACAGCUCAUUAGUGAGCCCACUUGCGGUCACUCGAUACUCGAUCUCGUACUUACAUCCCCUGAUUCAGGAUCCGAUGCUGCGAUUGGACCUCCUUUGGGUACGUCCGAUCACCACAUAGCCAAUGUAGAUGCAGUCAAUUCUGAAUUGGAUAGGUUCAAUUGGCUCGAUUUAUUCAAUGGAUAUCACACCAUUGACGAUGUCUACAAUCGAUUCUUGACUGCUGUUCAUUCUCUUAUCGAUCGCUAUGUGCCAAUGAGAAGAAUGAUACACCCUUUUGAUAAGUACCCGCAGCACAUCAAAAUCUUUUUCACCAGAGAGAAAGAUUGUUCAGUACACUUGAAGACCCCCUAUUGUCUGACAGGUAUAACAGAGUCAACAGAGAUUUCACGUUCCACCUCAAACGUUAUCUUGCCUCCAAAGAAAGGAAACUUUCUGAGUGCCCAAGCGCUUAGGCAAGAAAAAGAAAUCUUUUGUUUAUAUGAUUCCGAUGGUCGUGUUCUUACCACUGAUUCUGAGAAAGACAACGUCUUGGCAGAUUAUUUCGCUAGUGUGUUCUCAUCCACAGAAACUUUACUUGGCAGUACGCCCAUUCUAGUCAAUUCUGAGUGCCUCUUCGCCGAUUAUUGA